CAGCUGGCGCGGGCUCUUCCGGCCGGGACGGCUGCGCUUUUGUCCCGCUGGCAGUUGGCCUCCCGCGGCGCCGCCUCAGCCAUGUCACAUUACAAGACGAGGGGCACUGAGGAUGAGGAAUCAACUGAAAAGUAUGAAAAUGUUGGGAAUGCAGAACUUCUGUGGCUAAAAGUGGAAGGCCUUCACAAGGAUCAUGUUCAGGAGUCUAAGGUCGAUGGAACCUGUGGUUGGGAUGGCAAAGUAGAGAACCAGUCGGAAAAGCCUGAUGGGAAAAGAAUGAAGGAAGACGAAAGUGGCAUCAGGGAAAAGAUUGGAAAACCCCCAAACACAGCAAAUAUAAAGACAGAACAGGAAGAAGAUGUGGCAUCUGAGAAAAGCUUACAUCUGAGCUCAAAGCACGUUACACACCAGACCAUCCUUAUCAAACAGAAAAGCAGUGAGCAAGGCACAUGUGCGGAGAAUGUGAAUGGAAGCUCUCAUCCCCAUCUGAACCAGGACACCAGUGCUGUUAAGAAAUCUCAUAAAUGUGAUGAGUGUGGGAAAUCCUUCAAAUAUAACUCCCGCCUUGUUCAACACAAAAUUAUGCACAGUGGGGAAAAACGCUAUGAGUGCAGCGACUGUGGAGGGGCUUUUCGGAGCAGUUCCAGCCUUCGAGUUCAUAAGCGAAUCCACACUGGGGAGAAGCCGUACAAGUGUGAGGAGUGUGGGAAAGCCUACAUGUCCUACUCCAGCCUUAUAAACCAUAAAAGCACCCAUUCUGGGGAGAAGAACUGCAAAUGUGAUGAGUGUGGGAAAUCUUUCAAUUACAGCUCUGUUUUAGACCAGCAUAAGAGGAUCCACACUGGGGAGAAGCCCUAUGAAUGUGGUGAGUGUGGGAAGGCCUUCAGGAACAGCUCUGGCCUCAGAGUCCACAAAAGGAUCCACACAGGGGAGAAGCCCUAUGAAUGUGACAUCUGUGGGAAAACCUUCAGUAAUAGCUCUGGCCUCAGGGUUCACAAAAGGAUCCACACAGGUGAAAAGCCCUAUGAAUGUGAUGAGUGUGGGAAGGCCUUCAUUACUUGCAGAACACUUCUAAACCAUAAAAGUAUCCACUUUGGAGAUAAACCUUACAAAUGUGAUGAGUGUGAGAAAUCGUUUAAUUAUAGCUCUCUCCUCAUUCAGCAUAAAGUCAUCCACACUGGAGAGAAACCUUAUGAAUGUGAUGAAUGUGGGAAGGCCUUCAGGAAUAGCUCAGGCCUUAUCGUGCAUAAAAGGAUUCACACAGGAGAGAAACCUUACAAAUGUGAUGUCUGUGGCAAAGCAUUCAGCUAUAGCUCAGGCCUUGCAGUCCAUAAAAGCAUUCACCCUGGGAAGAAAGCUCAUGAAUGUAAGGAAUGUGGAAAAUCCUUCAGCUAUAACUCACUUCUUCUUCAGCAUAAGACCAUUCACACUGGAGAAAGACCUUAUGUAUGUGAUGUGUGUGGGAAAACCUUCAGAAACAAUUCAGGUCUCAAAGUCCACAGGAGGCUCCACACUGGGGAAAAACCAUACAAAUGUGACGUGUGCGGGAAAGCCUACAUCUCACGUUCUAGCCUUAAAAACCACAAAGGAAUCCAUCUUGGGGAGAAGCCCUAUAAAUGUAGCUAUUGUGAGAAAUCCUUCAAUUAUAGUUCUGCCCUUGAACAACAUAAGAGGAUUCAUACGAGGGAGAAACCUUUUGGGUGUGAUGAGUGUGGAAAAGCCUUCAGAAAUAAUUCAGGCCUUAAAGUACAUAAGCGAAUCCACACUGGGGAGAGACCUUACAAAUGUGAAGAAUGUGGGAAAGCCUACAUCUCACUCUCAAGCCUUAUAAACCAUAAGAGUGUGCACCCUGGGGAAAAGCCCUAUAAGUGCGAGGAGUGUGAAAAAGCCUUUAUCACAUACCGAACCCUUAUAAACCACAAAAAAAUUCAUCUUGGGGAGAAGCCCUACAAAUGCGAUGUGUGUGAGAAAUCUUUUAACUACACGUCACUCCUUUCUCAGCACAAAAGGGUUCACACUCGAGAGAAGCCCUAUGAGUGUGACAGGUGUGAGAAGGUUUUCAGAAACAACUCCAGCCUUAAAGUGCAUAAAAGAAUUCAUACAGGGGAGAAACCCUAUGAAUGUGAUGUGUGCGGAAAAGCCUACAUCUCACACUCAAGCCUUAUUAACCAUAAAAGUACCCACCCUGGCAAGACACCCUAUACGUGUGAUGAAUGUGGAAAAGCUUUUUUCUCAAGCAGAACUCUUGUGAGCCAUAAAAGAGUCCAUCUUGGGGAGAAACCUUUUAAAUGUGUUGAGUGUGGGAAAUCUUUCAGUUACAGCUCGCUCCUUUCUCAACACAAGAGGAUCCACACAGGAGAGAAACCCUACAUAUGUGAUAGGUGUGGGAAGGCAUUCCGGAACAGCUCAGGCCUCACAGUGCAUAAGAGAAUCCACACAGGCGAGAAACCCUAUGGAUGUGAUGAGUGUGGGAAGGCAUACAUCUCACACUCGAGUCUUAUCAACCACAAAAGCAUCCACCGUGGUCAGCAGCCCUAUAAUUGUGAGUGUGGGAAGUCCUUCAAUUAUAGAUCAGUCCUUGACCAGCACAAAAGGAUCCACACUGGAAAGAAGCCAUACCGGUGUAAUGAGUGUGGGAAGACUUUUAAUACCAGGUCAGAUCUCACCAAGCAUAAAAGAAUCCAUACAGGAGAGGAAUCUUUAAAUGUGCCGAAUGUGGGGAGUUACAGUGGUACAACACAAAAGAGAACUUAUGAGGGUGGGAAUGUUCUGGAUGGGGCCAGGAUGAGCUUGUCUCUGUAGGAGGCAGAGCUUACCAAGUCUCAAUUCAAGUGGAAGAAAAACCUUAUGAAUGUAAGAAUAUCUGAGGUCCUUGUUCAUGGCUUAUAAUUUACAUAGUACAAAUGAAACCAUGAGUAACCUGUGCUUCAGGGAAGCCUCCAUUGUCAAAAUAGUUGAGCCCUUAUGGAAUACAAAACAGUUUAUACUGGGGAUAAAACCUAUCAGAAUGAUAUGUUAAAACCUUCAAAAUAAGCAGACAUUUCUGGACAUGAAACACAUGGGUGAGGAAAGGAUUUCGAUCAGAAGUCACAGUCACCAUUAGAAAGUUCAUAUUUGGGUAAAUUUUGUGAAUCUAAACGUGGGACAUUCAGGUGUAUCUUUUGAGUCCCAAUUAUACAUUGGUCAGCGGAAAUAACCCAAGAAGGGCCUCCAGUAGGCACAUUCAGGGAGAGAUAGGCUUCAGGGAAUAUAAAUUUAUUUAUUAGUAGCACUCAUGAAGUAAAAGCUUUAUUAUAUAAUUCAGUGGUUUGGGGUGAGGUGAUGACAAGUUUUGAAACAAAAUUUGAAUUUUGUAGGGAAAUUUAAAAAGUGUAGACUUAAUCUAACAGGAGAUAUGAGAGUCACUCUGAAAAAAUGCAGGUUGAUUGGACUAUACUGUUAUAGUGUGGUACACUAGUUGAGUAGGGGAAACUUUAAAAUCUCCGGAUGCACCCCGUCAUUGAAUGAUAAAUGUGUGCUGAGUGAAAACCCCAUGUUACACUGCAAAUGAAAGGUUCUAUCAUGGAGAAAAAUAGAGCACACUCAGUAACUAAGGGAACAUGUCUUUAAUAUGAAUUUGCACAAGAAUUAAUUCAGGGAUUCCUAGGAAUAGGAAUACUGAAAAGGAGGGCAUUUUAUUGCAGGAGGUAAAAAGCUAAGUAACUACCAAUAAUUGGGGGAUAGGAAGAGAUUCCUGCUUCUCAAUCCUGUUAAAUGAUAGAUUGUUUUGGACUGUGUUAUUGUAAAGAUUUCAUGCACUACCUGUGUGUAUUAUCUGUUGUAAAAUGUUAUGAAUAUAUUGUUCAGGGCUCCCUCUCUUGGCCAUGAAGAGCCAGGUAGUUGUGGCAAGGUAAAGUGGAUCUCCAAUAAAGAAUUCUUCAAAAGUAAACAGGCUGUGCCUGACUUCAGAAGGAGCAGUGUGUGGGGAAAGCCAUCUGUGUCACAUCUUCAUGAGGUAGACUGUGGCAGAUACAAGCCCAGGUGGGCGAGCAACGGGCUCAUCCCCCAGUGCUGGCAUCUCAGGUGUCACUAGCAGGUAGGCGGUACCCCUACCAGGAGAAGUGCAGCCUGGUUCAAGCCUCACAUGCUGGGGCUGGGUCCCAGCUCUUGGGAAUGGGCAGGCUCUGUGAGUGGCACUCAUCACCCAGAAAUAGUUGUGUUGAACAGAAUUGAACAAAACAUUGACUUUGUAUAAAGGGUAAAAAGAGAGUCUUCUGAGAAGUAACCUGUUGAACCAUACACUGGGCGGGGCGUAUCUGUAGAGGCUGAAUUCUUCAUCAGGUUUCUCUGGCUCCGAUAUCCACUUUUUAAGAGAACAAUCUCUAGCUAAAUGGUUGCCUUGCUCUCUAGGACUUCACAUAUCUAGCCACAAAGCUUACAUGCCUCUCUCUAGGAGUAUAAUUCACUUUGUCUCCAAACCCCCACCAAUAGAUUUUGAUGGAGGGAGUCAGGAUGGGACGAGGAAAGGGAAAAGUAAAGCAUUUCUGCCAUGCAACUCCACAUUGAAACGCCAUGACCACACUCGCUCUGUGUCCUGUUUGCAUGCAGCCCUGACAGAUGAUCCUCUCCACAGACUUGAGUGCAUUUAUUCAGGAAAUACCUGCUGAGGAUGUGCUAGACUCAGUCCACUGUCUCCUAAGCAGGAGGCAACGGGAGUAAAUAAAGGACCUGGGAGGGAGAAAACCCACAAGCAAAGCUACCCUGGUGGAUGCUGAAGUAAAAUGCAGCCUUCAGAGGCAAGUGAGCAGCACUGGCAGUUAGAAAGAGGGAGGCAACAGUGACAUCUGGGCAAGACGGCUGGGUUUUUAAAUAGGGAAAUGUAGGGGACAAUGGGUUGGCCCAGUGAAAGACCAAAUAGGAAAAGCUUGCACAUCCUUGAGAGUAGCCAGUCUGGCAGGGUUGGUACACAGUGGGCAGAAAGGAGGGAGACCAUGGAGUAUCAUUUUCUAGGAGUCAUCAGGCACAUUGAUUCAUCUUCAUUUACUGAAGGUAAAACCAGGUGUGUCUUAAAUGAUUGGAUUACCUGUGUGGCCAGGGCUAUCAGUGGCUCAGGGGCCCCGCAGGCCUCACAUGUGCACACUAAUGCACUGCCUGCUUUCAGGAGCGGCACCACUUGGAUGGGUAUUCCAAGUGCCCCAGCCCACUGAGCACUGGGACACCACCGCUGAGACCUCCAUUGACUCCAGUCCACAAGAAACAGGACCCAGGCCUCUGGGCCUUGGCCUUGAGGCUACCUAAGGCCAGACACAUGCAGCAGCUUGGGUAAUCCCAGACGAGAAGAGGUCUUUGGGUCUCCAGCCAUUCUGGGCGGACUGCAGCACAAAGCCAGUGAGGUGGUGUGGCUGCGUAGGGCUUGGGCUUGUUAGGGACUACCAUCCCUCCCCUCUUUUCAGAGAAAAUUUCUAAUAUGCAGGAAGGAAAAUUGCCAACAUGUAGGUAAAUCAAAACACUUCUUUAAAAACAGCAGUGUCUAAUUCAAGACUAAAAAUAUAACUGAAAUGGAGAACAGUAGGUAAGUAGAAAGAUGGAAGAUCUGUAUGAGAGCGUAAAGUGCUUGUUUUGGAGGAAGGGUAAGAUGUUGCUUGAGUCUGGAUUUUAUAAUGUUGACUGUGCAUGACAGAUUGUCAUGGACAAGCACCAGGGUAGAAAUAAAGGAUGUAAGUCAAAAUCUGGGCUGGAAAUCCUCAAAGGCUGGAAAAGAAAACAUUGAAAAGGCUGGAAAACUGGGACAAUACUUUCUGGUAAAGAUAGUCUAAGUUAUUUGGGUCGAUUUCCC